CGAGUCCUCAUCUCUGGUCAUAUUAUAGUCUAUAAAUCCAGAAUUUGACUGCACGUAUCUUUUUAAGAUAAGGUACCAUUUCCCGUCUAGUUAUGUCGAAGGGCUGAGUCGUGUUUUGGACUUUGCGACAGACUCUCAGAUAUAAAGCUUCAGAAACUCACCAACAUCUGCGCACUCAGAGAUGGACACCUGGACUUUUCUAAGCGUUCUGCUUGCACUCACACAUUAUGUGUCUGGUCAGAGUACAAUAAGAUGGUGCGUUAUUUCUGUCGCGGAGGAGUCCAAAUGUAAAGCCAUGGCGCAGGCCUUCAGCAGUGCUUCAGUCCGGCCUGCGCUGAAGUGCGUCCUCGCCGCAUCCAAAGCAGAAUGCGCUCAAAAACUCACCAAAAAAGAAGUUGAUGCCUUUUCAGCCAGUGCCAAAGACAUAUAUGACAUAGGCAAGCUAGCCAGCUUCAAAAUAGCAGCAGGAGAAUCUGAUGCAGAUGGAAAAGGCAUAACAUACUAUGGUGUUGCUGUGGUUAAAAAGACAAAUGCAGCCAUCAACAUCAACAAUCUGAGGGGGAAGAAGUCUUGUCACACUGGCAAAAACCGCACCGCUGGCUGGAAUGUCCCACUCGGAUAUUUGAUUGACAGUGGGAUGAUGUCUGUCAUGGGUUGCAACAUCCCUCAGGGGGUUGCUGACUUCUUUAACGCCAGCUGUAUCCCUGGAGCUAAAGAUGACCCUCCUUCUCUGUGUCAGCAAUGUGUGGGAGACAGAACUGGACAAUUUAAGUGCGAUCCAAGCAAUAAGGAGCAGUAUUACGCAUAUGACGGAGCAUUCAGGUGUUUGGUCGAGGAUGCUGGGGAUGUUGCCUUUGUCAAGCACACCACUGUCAGCGAGAACACUGAUGGUAAAGGGCCAUCGUGGACUCAAGAGUUACAAUCUAAGGACUAUCAGCUGUUGUGCCGCGACGGCACCCGUAGUCCUGUCACUGAUUAUGAGAAAUGCCAUCUGGCCAGAGUGCCAUCCAGGGGGAUUGUCAUCCAUCCUGACAUCACCACUUCAGUGGUCUACAACAUGUUGACUGAGGGACUGCAAAAAUCUGGGUUCUCCAUGUUCUCCUCAGCAGACUUCGGUGGGGGAAACUUGUUAUUUAGUGACACUUCAACCAAAUUCAUCCAAGCCGGAAAUGAAAAUUAUAUGGAAUGGAUGGGACGAUACUAUCACAUACUGAAAGCUAUGGACUGCUCACAGUCAGAUGUGCCAUCUCAACUGCAAUGGUGUGUCCUGUCUCACGGAGAGCAGCAGAAAUGUGCAGACAUGGCUGUGGCUUUCAAAAGCAAGAACUUGAUUCCUAAUAUUCAGUGUGUCUAUGGGGCAUCUGUGGAGGACUGCAUGAAGAAAAUACAAAAUAAAGAAGCUGAUGCCAUCACUCUUGAUGGAGGCUACAUCUACACAGCAGGGAAGAGUUAUGGUUUGAUUCCUGCAGUUGGUGAGAGCUACACAGGAGACACUGAUGGAAGUAUUUAUUACGCCGUGGCUGUGCUGAGAAAGAGCAACAGAGACAUCCAGAGAUUCAGCGACCUCAAGGGCAAGCGCUCCUGUCACACAGGCUAUGGAAGAACUGCUGGCUGGAACAUUCCUAUGGGGCUCCUGAUAGAAAAAGGCAUCAUCAGACCACAGACAUGCCAAGUGGCCCAAGCUGCUGGGGAGUUCUUUGAAUCAGCCUGUGUACCUGGAGCGGAUCAAAAAGAUUUUCCUGAGAAUCUGUGUAAGCAGUGCAUUGGAGACUCCAGUGGUCAAUUCAGGUGUGUCAAAGGCAAAGACCUGUAUGACGGCUACGAUGGAGCAUUCAGGUGCCUUGUUGAAAAUCAUGGUGACGUGGCCUUUGUCAAACAUUCCACUGUAUUCCAGAACACAGAUGGAAACAACACUGACCCCUGGGCUGUAAACUUGGACUCUCGUGAAUUUCAGCUGCUCUGUUCUCAGGAGUCUCGUGCUGAAGUCACUCAGUUCACUAAAUGUAAUCUGGCCCGAGUCCCGUCCCAUGCAGUUAUGAUAAGGCCUGACACCAAUCACCACAUCAUCUUUGGUCUCCUGGACAAAGCUCAGAGAUUCUUUGGAGUUAAUUCUGCCUCGGGCUUCAAGAUGUUUGACUCCAAAGACUACGAGGGAUCUGAUCUGAUUUUCAAGGACUCGACCAUCACACUGAUUGGGGUUGGAGAGAGGAAGACAUAUGAGGAAUGGCUUGGCCAGAGUUAUCUGGAUUCACUGAUAGCCAUGGAGUGCUCGGCUUCAUCUACAGUGUUUUCAUUCUCUUCUCUCUUGCUGAUGUCCAUUGUGAGCUCCCUGGUGUCUCUGCUGGCUUUGUAGCAGCUUCAUCUCAUCUCCACUCUGACCUCCAUACCCAUAUCUCAUGUAUCCAGUAUUUCAGUGAUUCGACUUCACAUCGUGUUGCCAAAUCGAAAUCUACAGCAUGCUUAAGCAAUAGCGGUGCAUUUGAUCUGUGAUUAAAACAGUACAUAGUACACACUUACCGUUGAUAAGAUUUAGUAGGUGUAGGGAUUUAUUUUAUUAUUAUUUUUUGUAUUGGAAACCAGAAGAGUUGGUUGAAGUAUUUCUUUGAGCCAGAGAUUAAACCAGAACUGGUUCGUUAUUAAGAACAAUAUUGUAUUAUUCAUAUACUCCGCAUUGGCUGAAGGCAAUAGCCAUAUCAGUGCAUAUGCUUUGCCUGUUACAUAUUUAUUGCACAAUGUUUAUUGGAGCUUUUAGAACCAGCGUUUUAUUGUAAUGAACUACUUGACGGCACAUGCCAUAUCAGAGAAUAUGCUGUGUCUGGGAUUUUCCUCUUUGAUGAUUUUUGAACAGCCAUUAUCCCAACAGACGCACUGGAGUUUUACUACUGAAUGGAUUGAAAAGUUAUUAUCCUCAUCUGUUUUAACUAAACAAAGCGGAACAAAGAUAGUUUUCUUUAUUAUCAAUUGUUCUGUUCUCAUAUGAUACAACUAAUUUUUUAAUAACUAGGGAAAAAUAUAGUGCCAGUUGGAAAACUUGUCCAUUACAGAAGUAUUAUUUCUGCAUUUGGUUUGUAUUGGAAAGGACAUUUUUAAUUCCAUUAACUAAACAAUGUGCUCAAACUGUGUCCUUUUGAUUUAAAGAUUGCCAUUUGGUUUCCAUUCUUUGUGAUAGUAUCUUGUUAGACUGCCAACCAUCCCAAAAAUGAUACAAACAAAAAUCUGAGGUAGGCAAAUUCAGACAAUUUGAAAUUCUGUAACAAAACAUAACAAAAUCAAAUUUCAAGCAAAUGGGUUUUUCUGGGAAUAUUUAGUCCAAAUGAUUUUACACGUUGGAUCAAUUCUCACUGGACUAGAUUACAGAUGUAAAUAUAUAUAAAUUAUGCUUUAUGCUUGCAUUUUCAAACCAAUGUGUGCUUUUGAUAUUUGUUUCAUACACUGUAAAAAGCCAUUAGGUAAAAAAAAGUGAAUGAAACCUUUGCCAUAAAAGUAAAAAGUUAACUUUAUUUAAAGGAAGUAAACCUGUUGUACACUUUAAAAAAUUACAUUUGCUGUUUCGUUCAAACUACUUACUUAAAUUGAGCUGAAUCAACACAAUUCUUGGUUUUUUGGGGGGACAACUUAAUUGUUUUAUGUUCAACCUACUUAAAUUUGUAAAAAACGUUUAAGUUAACUUCUCAACAGAAAUUCGAUUGUGCUGACCCCCAAAUUUUUUUUUACAACUUGAAUUGUUAAGUUUAAUUAUUAAAAUGAUCACGUUUGUGUACUUAAUUUAAGGCAAAGAGUUUACUCACUUUAUUUAAGUUGAGUUAACUAAUUGAUUUCAAAGCAAUGGUUUACUCACUUUUUGUUAAGUAGUUAACUAAUCUCUUUUUACAGUGUACUAUAAUUUUUUUUUUUUUUUGCUUUGUGAUUUAAUAUGUGUUUUUAAAAGAUGUAUUUUUAUGUGUUGUUCAGAUCCCAUAUCAGUGUGCUGACUUGUGAAUGUCCUAUUAAUGCCUGCUUUGGUUGCGAUUUCUUAAUGAAAUGAUUGAGAUUUAACUAAUAUUUAGUUGCCAGGCCAGUGAGUCUGCUCAAGUAUUACAACAUACUGUCUCUUAUUUUAAAUAAACAAGCAUCAUAAAACUUG